CAAGGCCUCAAAGAAAUGGGACUGGGGUGCGGCCAUUUCUUCUGCCUUCCACCUCUGCCCCCCUGUUGGCCCAGAGUAUCGGGAGGUUCGCCACCUAUGUGGCCCAUCACAGCUGCUAUGAGGAGAGCCUGGGGAAGAAUUUGCCAUUUUCAAUGGAAAAUAAGUGGCGGUUACGGGCUAUGAUGGCUGUGUACUUUGGAUCUGGAUUUGCUGCUCCCUUCUUUAUGGUAAGGCUUCAGCUCCUUAAAAACAUGAGGAUAUUUGAUUCACCCCUUUAA